UUUUUUUUUUUCCUUUUCUAUAUUCUACUACUACACUUUGUUGGAAUCUUGGGAAUGCAUGCCAAGAAACCAAGUCUACCUCCUAUACAGUGUUUAUUACCUGAAGAUGCUCGUAUGUUAUUGGAAUAAUAUGUUAUUGUAUUUAUUUAUAUGAACUUUACUAUUUCUUUUUUUUUUCCUUUCUAGAUUCUAUAUCGUCAUCAUCACCUUCUUCUGAAACCCGACAUCAAAUAGGUCAUAACAAUACACAAAGUAUUAGUAGUCUACCAGCUGAACUCCAAAGUUUAUCUAUUCAAUCACAUGUGAACAACAAACCAACACCAUUGAUCAAUAAUGCUGCUCUCGCUCAUGUCACUCCCAGUUGGAUGUUAGGUAGUUCUGUUCAACAACAAACACAUGGCAUGACUUCAUAUUAUCAUGGUCGUUCUAUCUCUGAACUCGAUCCUCCAUUUAGAACAACAAGAUCUACUACUACUUUGACUCCACCAUCUUUUACACCAGCACAAUCUUCUUCAACAUUAUCUGAAACAUCAACCUAUCUAACUCCACCUCAUCCUUCACCUUCCAAUUCAGUAGCUGCUGCUGGUUCUGCUUCUGCUGCUAUACCACGUAUUAUUCCCAACUCUCCUACAUCAUCUUCUGCAAUACGUCAGCAUGCAUCAUCUCAUCAUUUUCAUCAACGAAGAGAAAAACAACAACAUCGAAGAGCAGUAUCUGCCAACACAGUGGACUUUAUGCUUCUUCAUACUAUGGAUGACAAUCUUACAAAAAUGUCUACAUCAUCAUCACCAUCAUUAUCAAGAGAACCAUCACCAAGCACUACCAAUAAUAAUCAUCAUACUGAUACAACAUCCACUUCAUCCACUACUACUGCUAGAUACGUAUGUCCUUAUUGUCACAAACUCUUCUCUCGUCCUUCAUCUUUACGUAUUCAUACUUAUUCCCAUACUGGUGAAAAACCUUUUGUCUGUCCUGAACCUGGUUGUGGAAGACGAUUUAGUGUACAAUCCAAUCAACGACGACAUCUUCGUGUACAUCGUUUUGGUAGGCCUUCAAGCAAAAGUCAAUUAAAGGAUGAUAUUUGAUUAUAGUAUAUAUUUGUUUUAGUUCUAUAUAUUUAUAUCUAUCAUGUGUCUUUUGUCUAUCCAUUUGAAAUAAAGAAAUUUUUAUUUUUUUUUU